AAAAAUAUUAAGGGGGGGCAAAAUAUUUCCCCCUAGCCCCCCACUAACCAAAUGUCUAGUUGCGCGCCUGAUUAGAUUGUAUGUCAAGAUUUAAGAUACCAGUAAUUAUGUAUAAAGAAAUAAACGCCUAUCAAUCAAUCAACCAUGCUUCAUUUUCACAAAUUCUAUGAUUUGGGACUUGGGUUGCUUUGCUUUUCUUGAAUUGUAUCAGGUUUUAGAAGAAAAUGAAAUCAUUAAUUUAAUCUAAGAAAUCAAAUGAUCUAUAAACUGAGUGGACCUGUAUUCAUUUUGACAGAAGCAAAUGGUGUCAUGACUAAAUAUCAUUAUGUAUGCUUCAUUUACUUUUCAGAUAGAAUGGCAGAGAUUACGAAGAAAGAAUUAGAUAUCAAGGACUUUGAGAUGACAUCUACUGUAGAGGAUACAUGUUUUGUUAAUAUACCUGAAGAUGAAAUAAAGAUGGAAAAUAUAGAAGUACUAGUAGAAAACCUGGAAUACGAAUUGGAUCCUCUUCAAUCUGAACUAAAAAGAAUCAGGAAGAGUCAACACAGAUAUUCAUGUUCUCAAUGCGAAUAUUUUGCAUCAAACAACAAGAAAUCUGAAGAGUUAUGUUUAAAGUAAACAUGAAGGGGGUGAGAUAUCCAUGUUCCCAAUGUGAAUAUUCUGCAACUACAGCAAUUUAUCUAAAAAAACAUGUUGAAAAUAGACACGAAGGAGUGAGAUAUCCUUGUCCUGAAUGUGAGUAUCUCGGAACUACUGCAAGAAAUCUGAAGAAACAUGUUGGAAGUAAGCAUGAAAGAGUAAGUUAUCUAUGUUCCCAAUGUAUGUAUGCUGCAACUACUGCUAGUAUCCUGAAAAGACAUGUUGAAAGUGAACAUGGAGGAGUGAGUUAUCCUUGCCCUGAAUGUGAGUUUGCUGCAAUUACAGCUGGUAUCCUGAAGACUCAUGUUGAAAAUAAACACGAAGGAGUGAGAUAUCCUUGCCCUCAAUGUGAGUAUGCUGCAACUACAGCUGGUGUCCUGAAGACUCAUGUUGAAAUUAAACACGAAGGGGUGAGGUAUCCUUGCCCUCAAUGUGAGUAUGCUGCAACUACAGCUGGUAUCCUUAAGACUCAUGUUGAAAAUAAACACGAAGGAGUGAGAUAUCAAUGCCUAGAAUGUGAGUUUGCUGCUACUACAGCUGGCAUCCUGAAGACUCAUGUUGAAAGUAUACACAAAAGAGUGAAAUAUCCUUGUUCUCAAUACGACUAUGCUACUACUCGAGCAAGUCAUCUGAAGCAACAUGUUGAAAGUAAGCAUGAAGGAGUGAGAUAUCCUUGUCCUAAUUGUGAUUAUGCUGCAACUACAACUAGUAUUCUGAAGAGACAUGUUGAAAGUAAACAUAAAGGAGUGAGAUAUCCUUGCCCUCAAUGUGAGUAUUCCGCAAUUAGAGCAGGUGAUCUAGAGUUCCAUGUAGAAAGUAAGCACGAAGGAUUGAGAUAUCCUUGCCCUGAAUGUGAGUACCUCGGAACUACAGCAAGGAAUCUGAAGAGACAUAUUGGAAGUAAACAUGAAGGAGUGAGAUAUCCUUGUUCUCAAUGUAAAUAUGCGGCCACUACAGCAAGUGAUUUAAAAAAACAUUUCAAAAAUAAUUCAAUCGAUAUAGCACUUAAUACACCAUAUACACACACACAAACCCCCUUCGUCUCCGAGACUAACUACUGCCGUAGAUCAGAACAGGUUGACAAGGUUCCAAGGUGCCUUAAAAACCUGGAACACGAAUUGGACCCUCUUCAAUCUGAACCAAAGAGAAUCAGGAAGAGUCAACACAGAUAUUCAUGUUCGCAAUGUGAAUAUGCGGCAAUUACAGCAAGUUAUCUAAAGAUCCAUGUAGAAAAUAAACACAAAGGAGUGAGAUAUCCUUGCCCUGAAUGCGACUAUGCCGCAACUACAGUAGGUGCUCUGAAAAUUCACGUGGAAAGUAAACAUGAAGGUGUUAGAUAUCCUUGCCCUGAAUGUGAGCAUGCUGCAACUACAGCAAGUGAUCUAACACGACAUGUUAGAACUAAGCAUGAAGGAGUGAGAUAUCUUUGUUCUAUAUGCGACUAUGCCGCAACUCGAGCAAGUCUUCUGAAGAUACAUGUUGAAAGUAAACAUGAAGGAGUGAGAUAUCCUUGCCGUGAAUGUGAGCAUGUUGCAACUACGGCAAGUGAUCUUAGGAGACAUAUAAGAACUAAACAUGAAGGAUCGAGAUAUCCUUGUUCUCUAUGCGACUAUUCUACUACUCAAGCAAGUCAUCUGAAGAAACAUGUUGAAAGUAAACAUAAAUGAGAGAGAAAUCCUUGCACUGAAUGUGAGUAAGCUGCAAGUUCAGCAGGUGAUCUGAAGAUUCAUGUUGAAAAUUAACAGAAAUGUGUGGGAUAGACAUGUUCUCAAUGUGAGUAUGUUGCUACUUUAGUCUAGUGGCAUGUUAAGAAUAAUUAUUAGCAGGAUCAACGUUAUUUUGUUAAAAUAAUUAGUAAAAUAGUUUUUUUCUUAGAUUUGUUUUUUAACUCAUUAACUGUAAUCCUAAAUACUAAAUGCUUUCUUUAAUUUCAAUAUUUUACAGAUUUGAUUUUAAAUUUUUUAUAUUACACCAUGAAUGCCAUUUCUUAUAUUACAUCUGACAAAAAAUAAGUUUUCCAAAGAAAUUUUAUUUUAUUUAGAAAAAUAUAAAUUAUGUUACUGUAAUUUAGAUGGUUGGUCAAAACAUAGCUAUACAAAAUAAUGAUUUUAAUAGCGGAAUGUCAUAUUUUUCAGCUGAUUGGUCAUACAGGUGUGUCAGCUGUGUUAAAGCAACAUGUUUAAUUUUUACGAGUUCUGUAUUUGCGGUUGCUUAGUUUUCUUUAGUUGUACCAGGUUUUAGAAGUUAAAGAAAUAAUUAAUUUAAUCAAAUAAAUAAAAAGAUCUAAAUAGAUGGGACCUGCAUUCAUUUACAUUUCAGA